GCUGAACUUCAGCCCACUUUCCUCACUGCCAACACCUAACGCAUACCUCUGCCUGUCCAAGCUUGAAUUCACUCAAGGCUUAGCUCAGAGGGAAACUGGAAGCACAGAGAGGUAUCUGCAGGCUGCAGCGCUACAGAAACAAUUUCAAAGAUGUACCUACUGACCCUGCUGACACUGGCUGUGUUGCUCUGUUCAUCAUCCCCUGUAAGUGGAGGAAAAGUUUUGGUGUUCCCUGUGGACGGAAGCCACUGGGUCAACAUGAACAUCAUCAUUAAAGAGCUUCAUAUCAGAGGCCAUGAAGUCACUGUGCUCCGAGCGUUAGACUCUUGGCAUAUUAAACCAAAUUCCUCUCACUUCAAGACCAUCACCGUGAACUCAUCGACUGGUUUCAGUGAGCAAAACUUUGGGUCAUUUGUGACAAGAUUACUGAAGAUGCGGCGCGAAGGAACUUCAUUUUGGUCUUUCAUUUCUUUAGUUCCCAACAUAUUGACACAAUGGUAUUUCAUGCAUGAGCAGGUUCUACAGAUGACAGAAGAAAUUUUUGAACAUAAAGCAAUCAUGCAGAAAUUGUCUGAUGCCAAAUUUGAUCUGGUUCUUACUGAUCCUGCAUUUGGUGGCGGUGUCUUUCUGGGUCACAGAUUGGGUCUUCCACUUGUCUUUAAUGUCAGAUGGGCAAUUCAAAGUGAAGGGCAUAACGUAAUUGCCCCCUCCCCACUCUCAUAUAUUCCCAUACCAGGAUCAGAGUUGACUGAUAAAAUGACAUUUAAACAGAGGGUCAAGAACUUUCUCAUAUAUGUCAUAACAUGUAUUCAAUUUUGGUACAUUAUAGAACCAAACUACAAACCGUUUGCUCAUCGUCACUUUGGCAAAGACGUAAAUUAUAUGGAGCUGUUUCAAGCAGCUGACGUCUGGCUGAUGAGAAACGACUUCACAUUUGAGUUUCCACGACCAACAAUGCCAAACAUCGUCUACAUGUCAGGGUUCCAGUGUAAACCCUCCAAACAUCUCCCUAAAGAACUGGAGGAUUUUGUUCAGAGUUCAGGAGAACAUGGUGUCAUAGUGAUGACAUUGGGAACAUUGGUGGAACAGCUGCCUGAGGACCUCACUGAGGACAUUGCUGCAGCUUUUGCUGAGCUCCCUCAAAAGGUGAUCUGGAAGCACAAAGGAAAGAAACCAUCCACACUUGGAAACAAUACCUUACUCUUGGACUGGUUACCCCAAAAUGAUCUCCUGGGUCACCCCAAAACUAAAGUGUUUGUGGCUCAUGGGGGCACUAAUGGAAUGCAAGAGGCAAUCUAUCAUGGAGUCCCUUUGGUUGGCUUGCCUCUGCUGUUUGAUCAGCAAGAUAACUUCUUCAGAAUGGCAUCAAGAGGAGUGGCCAAAGUCCUGGACUAUGGAACAGUGAAUAAAGAUAUCUUCCUGGAUGCCCUGAAGGAGGUUCUUUAUGAACCUUCCUACAGAGAAAAGAUGAAGAAGCUGUCCAGUCUUCAGAGAGAUCAGCCAAUGAAACCUCUGGACCGAGCCAUUUUCUGGAUCGAGUUUGUUAUGAGGCAUAAAGGAGCAGCUCAUCUGAGGACAGAGUCCUACAAGAUGUCAAAAACCCAAUACCACUCUGUUGAUGUUUUGGCUUUCCUGUUUGGGACUGUUCUGCUACUCUUCACUAUUUUUCUUUCUGUAGGCAAAUGUAUCUGGAGGCGAAUGUUUCACCAAAGAAAAGCCAAAAAGGAAUAACAAAUAUGUCCUUAGACAUCCUUGUCUUUUGUUUGAGAAACCUUAUAAAAAAUUAAGCCAAGUUUUAAUAUUAAGCAUUAAAUCCAACCUUUACUUAAUCUGCUUUAUUUAGCCAUAAUCUAACGUUUCCAGUUCUUUAAUUGGUUUAGAUUGCUUUAAUUUAUAUAAAAUAUU